AUGAAUUUUUUACGUAAACGUAAAGAUUCUUCAGAUGAUAACGGCUUUAGUAAUGAAAUUGAUGACGAUUACGUAAACGAAAUCAAUGAUUCAACUAUCCACAAGUCCAGAAAACCACCAAAUACAGCUUUCAGGCAGCAACGUUUGAAGGCAUGGCAGCCUAUAUUGACUCCCAAAUCUGUUAUACCUUUAUUGAUACUAUUGACUGUAAUAUUUACUCCUUUGGGCAUUGCCAUUAUUUUUACCACUUACAAUGUUGAGGAAUUGAAUAUAGAUUAUUCAAAUUGUGAAAAAUUGGCAAACUACGAUACUUAUGGAUCAAUCCCAGAUAAAUACACUGGGUAUCAUUUUAAACACAUAGCCACAUCACCAGAUUUCAAGUGGAAAUUAUUAAAUGAAACGAGUGUCUAUAACAAAGACGAUGAAGUGACCACCUGCUUAAUUCAAUUUAAUUUACCAAAAGAUUUAAAACCACCUUUGUACUUAUACUACAAAUUGACUAAUUUUUUCCAAAAUCAUCGAAAAUAUGUUGAAAGUUAUGAUUUAGAUCAAUUAGGAGGAAAAGCUUUGUCCAGUGAUGAUGUUACAGACAAUUGUAAGCCUUUAAAACAUAGAGAAUAUAAGGGUGAAACUAGAUUAAUAUAUCCAUGUGGGCUAAUUGCAAACUCUUAUUUUAAUGACUCCAUAAAUUCUCCAAUUUUGUUAAAUACAAGAAGUACUGAAAAUAAUGAAACUUAUGAAUUUGUAGAUAAGGAUAUUUCAUGGCCAUCAGACAGAAAUCAUAAAUUUAAAAAAACUUCCUACAAACCAGAUGAUGUUGUACCUCCACCAAAUUGGGAUAGAAUGUAUCCUGACGGUUAUACAAAUGAAAAUUUACCAAAUGUCCAAAGCUGGGAACAUUUGCAGAAUUGGAUGCGAACUGCAGCUUUACCAAAUUUUUAUAAAUUAUAUGGACAAAACAAAUCUAGUGUUAUGUCGUCAGGAACUUAUCAAAUGUCAGUACAAUUGCAUUAUCCUGUCGAAAUUUUUGGAGGCUCAAAAAAUAUCAUUAUAACUACUAAUUCUAUUUUCGGUGGAAGAAACAUAGCCCUUGGAAUAAUUUAUAUUAUUGUGGCAGUUAUAUCAUUAGUAUUGGGGAUUGCAUUUUUGAUUCAAUAUCUUAUAAAACCUAGGAAGAUUGGAGAUCAUAACUUUUUGCAAAACUCCCAUAUCAACAGAGAUAUUGGUGUUAAUAAUGAUAGCUAUAGAGACCAAUUAUAA